AAUCACAUCACCAGGCCGCUAACAAUCACAAAGACUCUGCCAAUAUUCUUGCAUCGCAGCCAAUAACGGCGCCAAUACCGAGACUUAGGUAAACUUUUAUAUACGAGACAGGUUACUCACUAGAUACGAGACAGGUUACUCACUAGAUACGAGACAGGUUACUCACUAGAUACGAGACAGGUUACUCACUAGAUACGAGGCAGGUUACUCACUAGAUACGAGGCAGGUUACUCACUAGAUACGAGGCAGGCUACUAGUGCAGCAGCAACAAUAUGCUGGUGAAGCUAGUGCUGCUGGCCGCCAUGGUGGUGGGGGGCGCGUGGGGGUUCCUGGGGCGCGGGGGUUUGCUGGAGGGCUAUGGGGAUGUGCUGGGGGUUGUGUGCCCCCAAUUUGACCCCCGCACCCCCGCCUGGGACCACGUGGCCAUCACGACGGAGGGGGCGACCCGUGCCCUCGUGGAGCUCUUCCAGGAGGAGUCUGCCUCGUAUGUCCACCGCCGGGGCAUGACGCUGACGGAGGCCUACCAGGCCUACAGCGGCGACCAGGCCUGCCCCCGUCGACUGCUGCUCGCCUUGCAGGACAUCACCGACGCCGCCACCGCCACCCACGAGGGGGACAUGGGGGCCACACCCAUGUACAACUUCAACAACGAGCAGUUCUUAGCGGCGCAGGCGGUGCUGGAGGCGCGGUGGGGGCGGCUGGUGGGCGCCGUGCAGGCGCGGGACAUGGCGGCGGCCCGCCUGCUGCUGGGCACGUCCCUGGCCGCCCUGCAGGACUUCUAUGCCCACUCCAACUGGGUCGAGCUGGGCAGGAGCUCCAUCCUGGAGGACCUGGGGCUGCCAGGGGGGAAGCUCCCUGAGGUGGCGCGCCCUGAGGACGAGGCCUGCGUCAGCUGCCCUCAGGAGAAGACCUCGGCAGGAUGCACCACUCGCCUCGCCGACUCCCUCUUGACCGCGGGUUUGCUAACGUCAGACUACGUCGCUGCCACAGGACUCACGCCACUGACAGGCAAGUGCGUGCUGCCACCCCGCCAGGAUGGGGGAGAUGCGCGAGUGGCAGGAGGCAUCGGUAAGGACCUGCCAUCAGCCUGCUUCAGCCCCCGCCCCGACCUGCACGACCGCGCCGCGCAGCUCGCCGCGCAGGCUACGACCCACUACCUGACGGUGCUGCGGCAUGCGGUUGGUAACGACCUCUUCAGCCAGCUGAUGGCCACCACACCGCGGCCAGCGCUGGCCAUCGUGGCAGAUGGACGGGCGGACUACACUCAAGUUGUCCUCAACAUCCUGCAGAGCGGACAAUGGACACGGCAGAACAACAAGGAGCCUGAGGAAUAUAUCCUUGUGACCUACUCCGAGACACUGCGGGGGGGCGGCGUGCUGCGGUCGACGUCGCGGGGGGCGCUCGUGGAGGCCCUCAAGACGGCCGCCCUCGACCCCUCGCCUGCGCUGAGGGACCCACUCUCCGCCCUUCACAUGGCGGCACACGCGGCGCCCCCCGACGCGGAGGUGUUCAUGUUGACCAGCGACGCGUCCCUGGGGGCGACCACCACAGGGGGCGCCACGCCCCUGCACACGCAGGAGCUGCUGCUGCGCAAGAGGAUCAAGGUAACACCGCUGAUGGUUGGCCAGAUUGCACAACGGGUUCCACGUGCGGCGGUUGCCCUGGGCUCGCUCCAGCUGAACGGAUCUGCAGAGCACGAAGCAUCACUGAUCAUAUGGGGUGGUAACAACUCCAGCCAUGUUCCCCAGCCGUUUGAUGUUGACAAGGAGAAGCUACAGAUGUUGUCGGCAAGUCGCGUCUACCAGGUCCUGGCAACGCUGUCUCUGGUCACAGGAAGUCACAUCAUUGACGUGCCUUACGAAACUCUGAAAGAGGUUUCCACGAAUAGCGACUACAACCGCUAUUACGGGAACUCUUACACCGAGCUUACCCUCACUACUGUAGUGCUGGCUCUAUUCAAUCAAGGGGUGCUGCUCCAUCGUGACAUCGCAGUGUCGACCUCAAAGACCAUCAGCAUCCCCCUGGACAACAGCAUCUCAGGCUGCAACAUCGCUCUCUACGGCGCCUUUGUCUCGGCGACCAUGACGGCUGAUGGAGGCUCUGCCGUCGGACUGCUGACUCAAAGAGCCCCAGCUAUCCCCAGCAUGUCCAAGACUGACGUAGAUCGCACGUUCAAGUACGUCAGCGUACCAAAAGGAUCCAAGAAGCUAACGUUGACGUACCGUCCUGUUGACGUGGCCUCUGUCAUCGUCACUGCGGCGGCAACAACGGAUCUCAUCCCUGCGUUCUACCGAGCUGACGUAGACAGCAUUUACCCCUCCCUGCAACCUCUCCCCCAACCCCCCAGCGCUGGUAUGGACCAAUUUCUUGGCGUGACUGUGACUGCCGUCGACACGUCCAGUCAACGGCACGUGGUCUCCGUAGACUUGGCGCCGCUCAGAAGCCCAGACUCCGCCCACGCCCUACUGCUGCCAACGAUGUCACCCAGACUUAACACUUACGUCAGACUCGACGACUCUAGUGCGCUUCCUCGGUCGCCAUUUAGCGUCAUCUACAGAGCACAGGAUUCUGACGGUCGUGAACUGGUAUGAACUGGUACGCGUGAGUCAGCAACUUCAGUUGCUAUGCGGGUCUCGCCUUAGCCUGAGCAGCGGUC